UGCAUUCUGUCAAAGAUAGUACUACUUGCUUCACAAGCCUGCAUUCUUCUUCUUCAUAAAUCAUUUUUAAACCACAAAAAAAGUGAAAAAGGAAACAAAAGUUCAAAUCAAAUCUUCCUUCAAGUAACCGGUGAUUCCAUUGACACCACUGCUCUUAUACCACCACUCAUUGCACUCAACCUUUCUUCAUCAUCGUUCAGACUCACACUACUCACUAUAAUCCUUCCACUUUUGUUUAUUUGGAGCUGCAAACAUGACAAACAAAAUCUCGCUUUUUCUGUUCCUUGUUUUUAUAGAAUGCUAUCUGGCCACGGCAAGGGAAAUCGUGGUGCAACAGAAAUCAGAUGCUGCUAUUCCAGUGACAACAAUGUCACCACCUGAAGGAAACACUACAUUCAUUGAUGGCACAACAUGGUGUGUGGCUCGUCCUGGUGCUUCUCAGAAUGACUUGCAGAAUGCUCUUGAUUGGGCUUGUGGACUUGGAAUGGCAAAUUGCAAAGCCAUCCAACAAGGUGGACCAUGUUUUCAACCAGACACACUUGUUUCUCAUGCUUCCUAUGCUUUCAAUAGCUACUAUCAGACAAAUGGAAAUUCCGACAUUGCAUGCAAUUUUGGAGGCACUGCUGCUUUGACCAAACGUGACCCCAGCUAUGGAAAAUGUGCUUAUUCUACAUCUGGAUCUUUAGUUGCUUCUGCACCACCUAUGUUGAAGAGGAAUAGCCAAAGCCUGGUUUGGUCGAAACUUGUUGUGGUGUUACUGGUUUCAUACUUUUGGAUGUGACUAUGGUCGGGAAAACAUAGGACAAAGGGAAAAGGGAAUUAGAAGAAGAAGGUUAGGGAAUGUAGUUUUGUUAGCAUUUUAUAAUUGUGUUUUUGUUGCUAAGGUAUUCUUAGCUUUCAUGUUGGGUCAGAACAAGAAUCUUUAAUUCUGCAAAUAAUCUCUUUUUUUAAGUUUAGUUUGUACAUUAUUCAU